AGCUAGCUAACAUGGAUUCUCGCUGGACGCUAAAGGAGAUUCGCAGCACUGCCUCCCCGUUUCAUCAAUGUGUUAUCCUAAAGGUAAAUCGAGAUGAGGUAAAACAAGCUCACCAACUAGCCAAUCAAUUUAGGUUACUUUGUAUGUCCUUCUCGCAACCUUGUCAUUAGUUUUAUUUCCUGUUUUCCCUUUUUGCAAUCUGCUGUUGUCAAAAGAAAAAAAUAAAAAAAAAUAAAAAAAUAAAAAAUAAAAAAUUGAACGUCAAUAAUCCAAUAUGCAAUAAUAAUACGGACUAGGGAGUAAUAAAACAAAAGUCAUACAACAAAUCAACAACAUAAGUAGCCAAAUAAGGAGACUAGAGGAUAGAGUUGAUAUUUCAUAAACGGUCACAUUCUAAUUAGUUACCAAAUACGUGUAGUUGUAUUUUUCUCUAACAUGGUUUUUUUGGCAGCCGCCAUUUUCAACCUUUGUUUCUGCCAAAAAGCCACAGAUCUAGACUUUAUAUUAUACAUCAUUUUCAGUACAAACUUGUCAACAACUCCAUGCCAGUUGCCACCGUUUUGUAUUAAUAAUAAUAAUUUUCACCCGAUAGCCCAAAACUGGUUACUUAUAUAUAAUUAAUUAACACUACCAAAUUUCUGCUAAUUCAUUCACAAAAAUUAGAAAGAGAGAGAGAAAUAAAAAGAGGGAUUUUUCAGAAAGAUUAAAAGGAAUAAUGGGUAGUUGUGAAAAUGUAAAAAAUGGUGAAAAAUUGGUGGAAAUGGUGAAAAAAAUAGAAGAGGAAUUCUGGGUACCAGUUGAAUUGCUGAAAGAGUUGAGUGAUGAUAUGGUGUUGAUGAUGCAGAAAGGUCUAGAAGAUGAAGAAUCUAGCUCUAUUAAGAUGCUUGUUUCUUAUGUUGAUUCUCUCCCUUCUGGCCAUGAAGAGGGAUGCUUUUAUGCAUUGGACUUGGGUGGGACAAACCUUCGUGUAAUGCAAGUUAAAUUGCAGGGAAAUAGGACUAUUGAACUAAAGGCCGAGUCUUAUAUGGUGCCUCCUAAGAUAAAGAUUGGGAAAUUACAUGAACUCUUUGAUUAUAUUGCGGAAAAAGUUUCACAUGUUUUUGAAUCGGUAAAAGCUGAUUUUGAUACUGUUCCUGGUAAGAAGAGGGAGCUUGGGUUUACUUUCUCAUUCCCAGUGCACCAAACAAAGAUCAACUCUGGAACUCUCCUUGAUUGGACAAAGGACUACGAUGCAAAAGAUGCUAUUGGCAAAGACAUGGUGAAGGAGUUGUCAAAGGCUUUGGAGAAACGGGCUAUUGAUGUAAAUGUGACUUCUUUGCUCAAUGAUACUGUUGGCACUUUGGCCGGAGGUCGAUUUUACAACAAAAAUGUUGUUGCAGCCGUGAUUUUGGGUACCGGUAUGAAUGCUGCUUAUGUAGAACAGUCCGAACGCAUUGUGAAGCCAUAUGGUCUUCCACCAAAAUCAGGACAAAUGGUUAUCAACACGGAGUGGGGCAAUUUCAAUUCUUCUCUUCUUCCUUUAACUGACUAUGAUCGUGCAUUAGACAGUGAUAGUCCGAACCACCACAAGCAGAUCCUAGAAAAGAUGCUAUCUGGUAGAUAUUUGGGAGAAAUUGUGCGGAGAAUUUUGCUAAAUUUAGCUGAUGAUGCAGCGCUUUUUGGUGACAUUGUUCCUCCAAAACUUCGACAACCUUAUGUUUUGGGGACGGAUAUUGUUUCCGCGAUGCAUGGUGACAAGUCCACAGACUUGAGUGUGGUUGGGAAAAGCCUAGAGCAGGUUUUAGAGAUAACCAAUAUAUCCCUGGAGAAGAAGAAGGUAGUUGUCAAGAUAUGUGAAAUUGUUGCUACACGAGGUGCUCGACUUUCAGCUUUUGCAAUACUGUCCAUCCUUAAGAUGCUAGGCAAAGACAAAACAAGUGCAGGGGAAACUGUAGUUGCUAUAGAUGGGUCAUUGUUCGGGAAAUACGAAGAGUUCAAACUUUGCUUACAGAAGACUCUUGCAGAUGAAUUACUCGAUGAAGAAGUGUCAAAGAUGGUUGUUCUUAGACAGUUCAAAGAUGCCUCAGGCAUCGGUGCUGCUGUAGUUGCUGCUUCACACUCGAUUUACGAUUUAUAAUACUAGUAUUUGUUUGGUGGGUUUAGUCUAGUAUAUAUUAAUGCUGUUCAAUAAUUCUUGCUGUUAAUUGUAACAAAAAAUUUCUUUUUACAAUUUAAACCAUUAUUUUCCCAGAUUAUAUAGUGAAUGCAAUGCAGUUAUCUUUAAUUUGUCCAUUCAUUAUGAUAUGAUUUUUUAAAUUGAAUUUGUUAGAGGAGACGAUCAAAUUCUUGUAUUAAUAUGUGAUUGCUUGUGAAAAAAAAAAAUAGCUUUCAUAUUUGGACAAGCUCCCUCUAAAUGUUUUUAUGCAUUGAUCCCAGUAGACUUCUGGUUUGUAACUCGGUUAAAACUUAUUUUUACCGAAUAUUAUUUUUUGUUAAAACUUAUU